UUGUGUAACUUAUUGUGUGACAAAUUUUGAUUGGUACUGAGAUCAAAUGAAUGUAAACAUUCAAAUUAUUGAUCACAUUCCAAUGCAUUGAUGAAUUUUUAAUUUUUUUACUUGUUUAUGCAUGAGUAUUUUGCUAACUAAGCAAGUGUGUAUGUACAUCUAAGUAUAAAUUCUGUAGUAUUCCAUACUUUAUUAUGUACUUAGUUAAACAAUUUUGUGUUUUUUUUCUGUAGGCUAUGGUUGGAGAUGAGUGUGUGGGUGCCAUUGUCUGCAAAUUGGACAUGCACAAGAAGAUGUUCAGGAGAGGAUAUAUAGCGAUGUUAGCAGUGGAUUCCAAGUACAGAAGAAAAUCCAUUGGCACAAAUCUAGUGAAGAAAGCAAUUUAUGCCAUGGUAGAAGGCGAUUGUGACGAGGUUGUCCUGGAAACUGAGAUUACAAACAAAUCUGCCCUGAAACUCUAUGAAAAUCUUGGAUUUGUGAGAGACAAAAGGCUGUUCAGAUAUUACUUAAAUGGAGUUGAUGCACUGCGUCUUAAACUGUGGCUACGUUAGAGAACUAUAAAGAACGAGUUCAAAGUGAGUCCUUUUAGCAUGCAGUGCAAUUUUAAAGAAUUGCUUUGCAGCAGGACUCUUGAUUUCCAUGCAGCUCUUAUCUGUCUGUGUCUCAUUGAGUGUCACAUACAUUUGUUGCACUAUGGCAUGGCGCAGUUGUGCUAAUAAAAAAGUGGAAUUUUUUUCUUUAAAAAUUGUCAAAAUAUUCAUGGAUGAAUUGUGGUACCAGAAAGAGGAACAGUUGUCCUGAGAUGCAUCAUUUCAGUGAAGUGUGAGGAAAGAAACGAAAUUGCAUGUCAUUUGCAGUAGACAACAUCUCAAAUGACUUAUUGGGGAAAAAUGUUUUGUGGCUUCCAGAAAGCUUGUAUGUUGAGAUUUCUUCAUGGACUGCACCAACGUUUCAAACAGAAAUUUGCCAGAUUAAAUACUGAACUCCUCAAAGGGUGUUGAUUCUGUUAUUCAGAAUUUUAUUUUUCAUAUUAAAUUUUCCAGUUAAUGAUUCUUCAGUGACAGAAGAAAGCACAUGUUAGAAGUUGUGGGUGUCUGAGCUUGACAACAAAAUAACAUUGCGCAGCCAGUGCCUGUAGAGAUCCGCAUAUAUGUCUCAUUCCUAGUUUGACUGCAUGCUUUCUUUUCCCAGACAAUCUUGGCAACAACGCUUUUACCUUUAUUCGAACUAUGAUUUUGAUUGGCAGUGACUCCACUUUUUUGAUAAGGAUUUUUUUCUCUCUCUCUCAAGCCAAAGCAAAGCUGUUUUUGCUUUGGGAGGUAUCUGGCAAUUGUUUUAAGAGAAAUGGGAUUUUUUUGUUUUGGAAAUAUGUAUAGUAGCUGUUGUUCCUAAAAUGCUUAGUACACAGCUACGUUUGCUGAUUCUAUAUAAUGCACCUUUCUGGUUUAAAUUGAGUUUUUUUUAAUGUGGCAGAUUGAACGUUUAUGUAUGAUUUUAACCAAAAAUCUAUUUAGAUUCUUGGAAGCUGUGAAAGGCUGGAUUUUAAAAAUGAGUGGGACACAUUUUAUUGUCCAUUUAAGUAUGCAAGCAGGUUAGCUGCAGGAUCCUGACCCAUCUGGUGCAAAAGUUUAGCCAUUUCUAAAGCAAAUUAUAAAUUCUAAGUGCAUAUUGCUUAAUUUCAGUUCAAUAUCUUUAUGCUUUCUGCAGCUAAACUCUUUCCUUUGGAGUUGAUGAAUGCUUUCACCCUCGAAUACAUGAGUUACUUGGGACUGUACUGCUUCACAUGGUUCAAAGUCACUUAAUCUGUCUUAUUUCUCAAAGGGUAAAUGAGCACUGAGCAAUGAAUUUGAUACUUUCAUCAGUUUACAAGUACAAAGCAUCAGAUGGAGAUUGGGUACAGAGCUAACUUUAUUGAAUAAAACCUUGGGUUUAAAUAAACCAACUUGAUUACUUUGCCAUACAGUUUAACUGGAGUUAAGGGUAGUAAAUGAGAUUGGGCAGCUGUUCAGUAUCCGAUUCAUUUCUAUGUUGAAUGAUUGGGACUUCAAUUUAGUCAGUAAAUUUUGCUGAAUUUCACUGCUGUCCCUCUACUUCUCUCCAAAUGAGCAGGACAAAAGCUACAGGAAAGGGUUAAAUGGAAAUUGCAAUGUUUGUAACUUUGUAAGAUGCAGUAAAAUAAAGUGAAAAGUGGUUUUAAGAGA